GCCGCCGCUGCCCGCCUUCCCCGAGGCUCCGGGGGCCGAGUCCGCCUGCUGCCCGCUGGCCUUCCGGGUGGACCCGUUCACCGACUACGGCUCCUCGCUCACCGUCACGCUGCCGCCGGAGCUGCCGGCGCACCAGCCCUUCCAGGUCAUCCUGCGCUACACCUCUGUCGACGCCCCCGCUAUCUGGUGGCUGGAGCCAGAGCUGACCUAUGGCCACGCCAAGCCCUUCGUGUUCACUCAGGGCCACUCCGUGUGCAACCGCUCCUUCUUCCCCUGCUUUGACACGCCUGCGGUCAAGUGCACCUACUCGGCCGUGGUCAAGGCUCCCUUGGGGGUGCAGGUGCUGAUGAGCGCCACCCGGAGCACGUAUGUGGAGGAGGAGGGUGUGUACCACUUCCACAUGGAGCACCCCGUACCAGCUUACCUCGUGGCCCUCGUGGCUGGAGACCUCGAGCCUGCCGACAUUGGACCCAGGAGCCGGGUGUGGGCCGAGCCGUGCCUCCUGUCCACGGCCACCAGUAAGCUGACAGGAGUGGUGGAGCAGUGGCUCAGUGCAGCCGAAAGGCUGUACGGGCCCUACCUGUGGGGCAGGUACGACAUCGUCUUCCUCCCGCCCUCCUUCCCCAUCGUGGCCAUGGAGAACCCCUGCCUCACCUUCAUCAUCUCCUCCAUCCUGGAGAGCGAUGAGUUCCUGGUCAUCGACGUCAUCCACGAAGUGGCCCACAGCUGGUUCGGCAAUGCUGUCACCAACGCCACCUGGGAGGAGAUGUGGCUAAGCGAGGGCCUGGCCACCUACGCGCAGCGACGCAUCACCACCGAGACAUAUGGUGCGGCCUUCACCUGCCUGGAGACAGCCUUCCGCCUGGAUGCCCUGCACCGGCAGAUGAAGCUGCUUGGGGAAGAUAGCCCAGUCAGCAAGUUGCAGGCCAAGCUGGAGCCAGGAGUGAACCCCAGCCACCUGAUGAACCUGUUCACCUAUGAGAAGGGCUACUGCUUUGUGUACUACCUGUCCCAGCUCUGUGGAGACCCUCAGCGCUUUGACGACUUUCUCCGCGCUUAUGUGGAGAAGUACAAGUUCACCAGCGUGGUGGCCCAAGACCUGCUGGACUCUUUCCUCAGCUUCUUCCCGGAGCUGAAGGAGCAGAGUGUGGACUGCCGGGCAGGGCUGGAGUUCGAGCGCUGGCUCAAUGCCACAGGCCCUCCUCUGGCAGAGCCGGACCUGUCUCAGGGAUCCAGCCUGACCCGGCCAGUGGAGGCCCUCUUCCACCUGUGGACAGCAGAGCCCCUGGACCAGGUGGCUGCCUCAGCCAGCGCCAUCGACAUUUCCAAGUGGAGGACCUUUCAGACAGCACUCUUCCUGGACCGGCUGCUGGAUGGGUCUCCACUGCCUCAGGAGGUAGUGACCAGCCUGUCUAAGUGCUACUCUUCCCUGCUGGACUCGAUGAACGCUGAGAUCCGCAUCCGCUGGCUGCAGCUUGUGGUGCGCAAUGACUACUAUCCUGACCUGCACAGGGUGCGGCGCUUCCUGGAGAGCCAGAUGUCCCGCAUGUACACCAUCCCUCUAUACGAGGACCUGUGCACUGGUGCCCUCAAGCCCUUCGCGCUGGAAGUCUUCUACCAGACGCAGGGCCAGCUGCAUCCUAACCUGCGCAGAACCAUCCAGCAGAUCUUGUCCCAGGGUCUGGGCCCGGGCAUGGAGCUGGCCACAGAGCCUGGAGCAGAGCGGGGCCCGGACACGCCAGCCCUGCUGCUUGGGGACGAGGCCCCCAGCAGUGCCAUCUCUCUCAGGGACGUCAACGUGUCUGCCUAGCCCCAAGCAGGCUGCCCACAACCUCCCAGACACCACGAUGUGCCUUCUGGGGCGCGGGCUGCCAGGACUGCG